UAAGACAUAGGGAAAAUAUUUGGGUACUCGUUUUAAUUACUGCAAUUAAUUUAUUUCAUCGUAAAUUAUUUUAUGCUGUAAACUUUUUAUUUCUGAAUUUUGACAGAUAUCCACAAAAAAAAAAACAUCAAUAGGUACUCAUCAAGGUCAUAGCUAUUUUUGUUUUUAGAAUUUGGAUUAGGCAGUCGUUUAAAACCUAGGAAUUCUAAUAAGAUGGAUUCGAGCGGUCAAGUAAUUUUGGUGGGUGAGAAUUUGGGGGAACGGCAUCGCUGUCUAAACAAGCUCGUCACAGAAACUUGCGGAAAGCAAACAUACGAUUUCCCAAGCCUUCCAGAAAAUACUCCUAUCGAAAGGAUAUUUAAGAUCGAUGUAGCGAAUCGUCAGAAAAUUGUAAAUUAUGUUCUUGAAGCACUCAAAGAUGAUGAUAUGCUGUAUGUUACCAGAGCUUUGAAGAGCACAUGGCUAUUAGACACGGAACAUCGUAAUAUCAUAAAUCCCGAUUAUUUAGAGACAGUCCUGUUUCCAGAGAUGAUCAAACCGGCUGUAAACAAAAUGAAACAUUGGAUUCAAGCAAAUCUCAAAGAUUCUGAACGUUGCCAAAUAUUUUACGAAUACUACAAAUCUAAUUUUGACAAAUCAAUUAAUUUCCUCUGGUGCUGUUCAAGAGAAUUUAUUAAAGGUGAAUUAAUUAACAUUAUCCAUAAAAUAACGCCAAAACAUCUAGCGAGACUGUGCGAUGCGUGUCCGCAAAUUGCCACAAUAUAUUAUGAAGGCUUGAAGAGUAAUCGAAAAGCCCUAACGCGGUACUUGGAUUCUGAGUUGGAAUAUUUCAAUAGCUUGAAAUGUUUAUUGAAAAUGGAUGGGAAUAUGUAUCUAGAUCUCGUAGAAUUAUAUUUUAAUGAAUAUAGACAUAGCUGUUUCAGCCCUUCAUUGACUCGAUAUAUCAUGAAAAACUUUAAGAACAGAUUUAUGGCUAAGCCAGAAUUAUACACGACACAGUUUUUAAAUACAAAAACAUUGGCUGUUUGUUUGUCUGCAGAAGAAUGUAAAGAACUCGUUCUGCUUUUAGCAAAGGCAGAAUACAUUGAAUCAUGGUUUUCUUAUAAAUCUGUAGAGCCGCUUAUAAAGCGACUGCCUCCCGAUGAAAGAGCUUCCUUUAAAAAACUUGUUUUUGGGAACAAAACUGUUGGUGAUAAAGUCAAAGAAUGGCCGUACCCGACGCCUUCCCCUUUGAAGCUCGUUGAACUUGACGAUCAUAUCUUUAGCAAUGAAGAACACGACGACUACGAAAUUGAUGAUUGUGAAGACAUGAAUUUUAGGCGAUGUUUAAAGAAACGAAAAUAUAUGCAAUGCAGCAUGAAAAUGGAAGGUAUCAGUUGUCAGAGACAAACUCUAUUAGAUCAACUUUUCAAUCGUUAUCGUAUCACGGGAUUCGCAAAAACAUUUACCGAACUCAGUGGUCGCUUGCAGAUUUCGAAUACUGUUGAAGAGCGACAAAGCAUCCUGUUAGUCCUCGUCAGCAAGAGCGGUCGAGUGCCGGAGCAAGUUGAAAAACUAAUGAGGAUGCUCGAAGAGCGGCACAUCAAUGAGCCGAGCAACCUGCGAGCUGCUAUUGUGAGGUCUUUCGUUAAACGUGGUUGUAUUUGGCGAGCGUCAGAUGCCGUGUGGGCCUCGAUGCUUAAAUUUGGACACGGGUUGGGCCUCGAUGGCGGCGCGGGUGACCCGCUGUGUGUGGAAGGUGUCCACGCAGUGACCCUUCGUCAUCUUAUUAAUAACAGUCUACAGACUAUCGGUUUAAUGGACGCAUUCAAGAAACAUUUCACAACAUUCAAGGAUUAUGAGUUGAGUGCCGCUGAAAUAAAGCUAGUGAAAGAAAAUUUGCCACCGUUGCUGUUGCCAGAAUGCCCAAACGAAUUUUUAGAUUUAGUUUCCGCAUAUAAAAUGAAUGUGAACGAGAUCAGUGGUGCGGUUGAUACACUGGCAAAAAUAUCGCAAAAUAAUCCAGAUUUAAUAGAACGUCUGUUCGAUAAAAAAAUUGCUCGUCGUCAGCUCAUCCCUCAAACGUUUCCGAUAAAACAAUCCGAAGCAUCAUACAUGAAUGCUUUAAGGCACGACGUAUCGUUGUUAGAUGAAGGAGAAAGUUUUGCCGCUCUAGCCUCUAAGAGACUUACAAAUCAUGAUCGCUUCUUAAAAUCUUUAAGAAUUUAUUUCAGUGAAACAAACGGCCUCGCUGCUAAGCAUCUAACAGCCUUGGAAGACGCCUUUCAUCGAAAGCCAAAAUCGCGCCUAGUGCGAUCUUUAGCAAUAUUAUCAUCGAAUUACAUACUGCUAAAAAGAAUACAAGAGAUAGAGACAAAAAGUCGAAUAAUUAAGUCUAAAAUUGCACCCGCAUUUAAAGUAUUAGUGCACAAAACAAAACCACCCGUGGACAUCGACGCAGUCGGUUGGAGAGUGUUCGGUGCGAAGGCUGUAGCCAACAGAGUGUUUAUCUGCAGAUCGAUUGCUCUGGAACAAUACGUAAAGUCGUGUCUCGAAUGGCCCCAAACUUAUGGUAUUGGCCUGCGACUCGCUCUGAACACCUCGUUUGAAGAAGAAGCAUUUACUUAUGUAUCUGAAAAAAAGCCAAUAAUCGCUCUUUCCGUGGCUGUGGCCUAUUAUUUUGCAAAUUCCCGCAUAAUAAAACCCAGUAUUUGGAAAAUUGUGAAAAAUAUUUUGUUAAAUAUGGACAUUUCUAAGUGCCCUAAGAGAACGUAUAAAAGUCUUACAAACAAUGUUCCGAAGAACAUUGAAGCAGAAUUUUGGACCAUAAGUUACCAAAUUAACAUAACUUCCAUGCGGAACAAAGCUACGUCAGCUCUGUCGAAAUUAGAAAAAAUUCUGCCGAAAGUUGAUCCCGGUUUUAUUGGUGAAGUCGUUGAGAAUUUCAUAAAGAAUGAUUUGUCGGUCGCUAAUCUAUUAGACUAUGAUAAGUUAAGAUUAUGCGGUAUCAGGCCAACGACAAGUUCCCGCGUUUCCAGUAAUGUUAUGAGUAUGUACAUGCGUAUAACAGCAAAGUAUUUACUUUUAUGUAAGAAUGAAAAGGAACAGUUAGAAAAAAUUGAAAACGUUUUAAAUCCCUUCUUUGACCGAAUUGAUGAAUCGUGGAAAGAAAUACCAGAUAAAUCUUGCAUAGUGGAAUUUAUGAAUGAAUUUUUGCGUUCUUUAAAAUACACUGAAGUGUUUAUAGAUACUGAAUAUACAUCGUGUUUGCUAAUGUUUGAAAAAAUAAUAGCUCGUCUACACAAGGUAAUGGCGCGAUUGGAAUAUUUCGAAAAAUUCGUAAAAUUGCAUUUUAUUAUACUUUUCUUCAAGGCAAUAAGAAGUGCUAUAGCACAGGAUCCAAAUAUAUUUAAACAUGAAAAUAAAGAUAACGCCAUGAAAGUUGUGGGCACUUAUUUCGGUCAGUAUAUGGGAAGUGAAAUCAAGGAACUUGUGGCUGAAUUCUUCAUAUCAAUUAUAGAGAUAUACAAAGAAGGCCUCACUGAGUUUUUAAAAUCCUACAUCGGUUACACACCGAGUAAACACAAAUUUACGACACCUCUUAUAAAAGGCCUAGUCAAAAAUAACAAUUUAGAGGCUCACUUGCUCGCUCAGCAUGUCUUCGCUAAAGAAUACCAUAAAGGAUCUGAGCACUAUGAUGAUGUUUUCAAUACAUUGAAAUCGAGUGAGUUUCAAGAAGUGCAAUUUAUUUUAUUACAAACAGAUUAUAUUACAAGAAUUUGGUAUUGAACAUUAAGUUACCUAUGUAUUUAUGUAUGUUAUUUGAGAAUAAAGCUUUUUUAAUUUGGUUA